AUGCCCAGCAAACCCCCAAAGGGGAAGGCGCGGGGGAAGAAGGCUGCUUCAAAAGCAGCAGCAGCAAGGAAAGUCAAAGAACCUUUUGUUGCAGCACUUGGUCAUCCUCCUGCUUUAGGAGCAUGGAGGCCUCUGCCACUGGAGGAGCAAAUAGAUGCUUUUGCUGCGGCUGCUGCUGCUGGUCCUAAUGCUAGAGGGGUCCUCAGCAGCGGGAAGCCAGCAGCGCCACACUACUUCUUUCUCCCAUCAAGAAGCACUGUAGCAGCAGUAGGAACUGAAGACGCUGCUGCUGGUGCAGCCGCCACAGGAGGAGCAGCAUUAGCAGGAAAAGAGGGGAAGCCGCAGCACCGAAGUGCCCCACUAAACCGGCAGGGUGCUGCUGCGACGACAACAGAGAAGAAAUCAGCGGCGGCUGAUGCGACCCUUGACCCUUCAGCAGCAGCAUCAACAGCAGCAGCUGCUGAUGAUGCUGCUCUUCGCGGGGGCUGUGUGCAUGUUAGCUCGAAAUUUAACUCCAUGCUGGCAACCCUCAAUUCGCUGCAACAAAAGCUGGCAGAACAAGCUAGUAGCAGCAGCAGCAGCAGCAGCAUCGAUGAGACGGAUCCAACAGCUAUUAGCGAUCGUGUAGUGUACACUGAACUGCAGCGGUUGCUGCUGCUGCUGCAGCAGCCCAAUGCACUGAGAAGCCACUUGCGGCACCUUGACGAUGUCUACAAGUGGUAUCAGAAAUUCUGCUGUCCUGAAGAGCAGCAACAGCAACAACAGCAGCAAAAGCAGCAGAAGCAGACGGAGCAAGAGCAGCAGCAACAAGAGCUGCCGCAGCAACAGCAGGAAGAACCAUCCGUGUUGCUGGGAGGUUCUCCUUUGGAACCAGCCACAAUACCCUUGCCUGGUUCUGCCUUCUGGCAGCAGCAGCUGCUGCUGCUGCAGCUAGAGGGUGAUGACGAAGAUGACGAGGAUGAUAUGGAAGACUACGAGCAGCUAGAAGAGCAGCAGCAGCAGCAAGAGCAGCAGCAGCAGCCAGAGCAGCAGCAGCAGCAGCAGCCAGAGCAGCAGCAGCAGCAGACAGAGCAGCAAACAGACAAUGCAUUUUACGACUAUAUUAUGUCGCACAUCCCCAUAUGCACUGCAGCAGACAAAUUGAGACUCUACCGAAUGAAGCUCCUCUUCAGGCCGUCUCCUGCAAAGCAGCAGCAGCAGCAACAACAGCAGCACCCAGAGAGCAGCAGUAGUAGCAGCACUUGCCCCUUUGACUAUAAAAUUCCUUGCGGCAAUACUCCCUGGGGUCUUGUGCUACCGCGCAACGAAGAUGAAGAGGAAGAAACGCCAGAAGUGGCUACGAGGCCGCUUCAAUAUCAGUACCAGGAAGGUUCAUUUGCUCGCAGCAUAGCAGCUCGGUACCCUGCAUCGGACCGCCGCUCGCUUGUGGAGGCCCAGCUUCAUCAGCGAUGGUUUGCUGCUCGCCAACGAGAGCAUGUUGCAGCAGAGAAAGAAGCCGAAAAAAAGGAGCAGAUAGCGGCUUGGCAGACGCACCGAGACGCCAUUGAGCGCCAUGUCCAGGGGACGAUGAAAUCCAUCUGGACCACUGUCGAGCCCACCACGACACAGCGGGCCUUUAUGAAGCAACGUUACCGCGCAAUGCAGCAAAGACAUACGGUUGCAACUUGCAGUCCGGAGGUUUCCCCUCGAGUUCAAAACAAAGCAGCAGAGGAAGAGGAAGAGGACGACGAUCCGUGGUUCGAUGACGAGCAGCAGCAGCUGCAGCAGCAUGAGCAGAAGCAACAGCUGCUCCAGCAGCAGAGGCACCACACAUUUGCUGCGGGAGACCCAAGAUCCGUCGUUCACACCAUUAAGCCUCCCGUGGGUUCGAGAAACCCUGAUGGCUCCAGUGAGGGGGCAGCAUCAACAGCAACAUCAGGAGCAGCAACAGCAGUAACAACGGCAGCGCCAAUAUCAACAGUAGCAACAUCAGCUGCAGCCACAUCAGUAGCAGCAGCAGUUAUAUCUUUUGAGCCAAAUGCUGAAGCUAGCGCAGCAUCUCGUCGUAGAAUAGCUGCGGUGGAGAAAGAUUGCCCCUCUGCAAUGUCGGCGCCAGUGCUGCAACAGCCGAGUGUGUUCGAUGCUCUUGCUGCCUAUAGACAGCAGCAACAGCAGCAGCUGCUGCUGUUGCGGCAAAAGAAGAUGGGAAAGAAAGGAAAAGGAGGAGGAGGAGCAGCAGCGAAGAAACCACCGGCAAAGGGGAAGGGGGCUGCAUCGGCUAAGGGAAAUUCAAACCAGCAGCAGCAGCAGCAACUGCAGCAGCAGCAACUGCUGCUGCUACCUCCCCUACCUUUCCGUCUGGCUGAUCCAGCAGAACAGGCAGCAAAACCCAAGCCCAAGAAAAGAAAGACACACAAGAAGAAGAAGUAA